GAACAACAACGUUAUAUUAAUUUAUUCUGUGAUUAUAGCCUCGGAAUAAAUGUCGUGAUUACAGCUUACAGCAUAACAUUACACAAGAUUAUGUAGUCCGGCAAGUCUUCGUGGUUCACCAAUCACUAUUACUCUAUAAUGAUACUAUAUUACUAUUAUAGAUAAUAUUAUAAAUAUUAUAUUAAAAUUUAAAUAGAGUGCUUUUUACCGAGUUAGUGUGUUAUCUUAAAUCUUUAGGUGUACGUAAAAGCCGCAUGUUGAUUGGUGAUCGCUGAAUCAUUGAACGCCGACGUCUAUAAUCUCUAUUCUAUUUUCUAUAGUUUUGAGGCCAAGAUCGGCAAGAUCUGAAACUUUAUUCUUAGAAAAUAAAAAUUUAGUUCUACUUUAAAAAUUUAUUAAUAAUUUAGAAAACAAUAUUUCAACCAAAAUGACUUCCAUUAUAAAUUAUCCAUUCCGCAUGUGUAGAUCUAUCUUGAGUACUUCUUUGGCAACAGAAUGUAGGAUGAAUGGUGUUAUAGGAUAUAACAUUCUUCAUCGUAAAAUGUCAGAUGCUGCAGCUGAUAAUACUAAAGAACCAUUAAAAGAAAGUAAAGAAAAAAUUGAUAUCGAAGCCCUUGUAAAACAAAAUGAAGAUUUACUUGAGGAAAAUAAAAAUUUAACUGAAAAGGUUAGGAGGUAUUUGGCUGAAACAGAAAACAUACGUAAACGUACAAUUAAAGAAACUGCUGAUGCUAGAAUUUAUGCAAUUCAAGGAUUUUGUAAAGAUUUACUAGAUGUUGCCGACAGUUUAAGUAAAGCUACUGAAUGUGUACCGAAAGAAGAAGUAUGUGAUAGUAAUCCACAUUUGAAACAUUUAUAUGAAGGCUUAGUUACUACUGAAUCACAAUUACAAACAAUUUUCCAGAGACAUGGAUUAAUGUCUAUAAAUCCUUUAAAUGAAAAAUUUGAUCCCAAUUCGCAUAAAGCUUUAUUUGAACAGGUAGUUGAAGGCAAAGAAGGAGGUAUUGUCGUUGUAGUUUCCCAAAUUGGAUAUAAAUUACAUGAUCGUAUUGUAAGAGCAGCUGCUGUUGGAAUCAGCAAGGAUCCAAAUUAAUAAAAAUUUGUAGUAUUAAAUUAAUUAUCUAUUGUGAAAAUCAUUUAGAAUCUAAAUUAAUACAUAGAC